AUGAGUAGAAACAACUCCAACACAAACCGGACACACCCUGGUGGCGCGGACUCUUCCGAAUCGACGGAAACGAGCGAGAUCGCCGAGAACCAAGACAAAACGAUUCCGUUUCAGGACGGUGCAAACACUUCCUGGGAACCGAAAGCCAAACGGGUCAGAAUCGGCGCGGACUCUUCCGAAUGCGGUCAAGGAAAAUCGGAAGCGAGCGAAGAUGCAGAGAACCUGAAGAAGACGGAUGCAGACCAUAACACUUCCGGGAGGCAGAAAAUCUCGUUUAACCGGAUCCCAACUGACGAGUGGGUUAGACGGAGAUGGUUGAAAUGGUUAGGACAAUACUAUUUUAUUAAUACCAAAGACGUGUUUGUGUGCUCCGAUCAUUUCACACCGGAUUGUUUUCGAACCCCUGUCGGAGAAAAGGCCCGGAAACGGUUCAAAUGUAGUGCUAUUCCCAGCAUCCGAAAGCCGUUUAAGACCUUCACCCGACUCCGCGAACCGCUAGAAUCAAAUUCGAACAAGUGCAUUAUUAUUUGCCACAAUGAAACUAGCACCAGUCGAAGUACAACCGGAUGCAGCUCUGAUGAUUCCGGAAUUUCGCUGGAUGUGUCGACGGCGGCAGAUGUGUGUUCGAACCCGGAAAGUGAUAUCAUCCAUUCACUACAGUGCCGAAUUGCACAGCUGGAAGAAGAGAAUGCCCAAUUAAAGCGUGAAGUUGAAAAUCGUCUAGAUGAGAAGCAAGCUUCGGCGAAAAUUAAGAGUAUUCUCUCGCCUUUCUUCGCGGAAAAUCAGGUGGACAAGUUAGCGGGCACAAAAAAGCGUGAAUUGGACACAUGAAGAGUUGGGCAAAGUUUUCACCUUGCAGUACUUCAGUG